GGCGGGCGGGCUGCGCGGCGGCUCGGAGCCGGUCCCUCAGCUGGGCUGGCUAGGGCGGUGGAUUCGUGUCUCCAGGGAUGGAAGCGACUUGGCGCCAGGUGGCCGGAGGAAGAGGCCGCGCGAGAGGCCGGGCGUCCACCGCUCCGGCCUCGGGGAAUGGAGUCCAGCCCCGCGGCGGAGGCGGGAGGGGCAGCGGAGCACCCGCAGCCGGCAGCCGGCCCCGGCCGGGCCGAGGGGCCGGGGUUGCCGCGGCCACCUCCUCUGCCUGGGGCCCGCCCAGCAGCAUCCCGGGAGCAGCGGCGGGAGCGGCGCGUCCGGCACCCGCGGCCAAUGAACUAAUUUCACAGAAGAAGUUUGAGGAAAUCAAGAAAGCUAAUCAAGCAGCAGCAAAAAAACUCGUUGAAGAUCACUUUAGUUCCUCUGAAGAAGAAGGAGAUGAAGAUACUGAAGGAAAGCAGGACAAAAUUGUUGACAAAACAUUUAUAACGUAUACUAGUCAGAUAGAUGGAGAUAUGCACGAAUUGGAACGGACCAGACAGUAUAUAAAUGAAGCUUUUCAGUCGGGGGCUAUGACAUGCUUAAUUUGUAUUGCUUCAGUAAAGAGAAACCAAGCAGUUUGGAGCUGUUCAGGAUGUUUCUGUAUAUUUCACAUGCCCUGUAUUCAAAAGUGGGCCAAAGACAGCCUGUUCCUUGUGUCUUCGCCUUUGACGGAUGAUGACUUUGGAAAAAGAGACUAUCCGUGGCCGUGUCCAAAAUGUAGGUUUGAAUAUAAACGAUCUGAAACACCUACUCGGUAUUAUUGCUAUUGUGGAAAAGUGGAAGAUCCACCGCUAGAUCCCUGGCUUGUACCUCACUCAUGUGGACAAGUGUGUGAGCGAGAAUUUAAGCCUCCUUGUGGACAUAAAUGUUUACUCCUCUGUCACCCAGGUCCUUGCCCACCCUGUCCAAAGAUGGUUACUAUUACUUGCUACUGUAAGAAGGCAAAACCAGUGUCUCGCCGGUGCAGUACCAAGGGAUGGUCCUGUCAGCAACCAUGUGGUCGGAAGGUGUGUGGGCAGCAUAAAUGUGAAGACCCUUGUCAUGCAGGAAAUUGUCAACCCUGUCCACGAGUUAGCAAACAGAAGUGUGUCUGUGGCAAACAGGUAGCUGAAAGAUUUUGUGCAAGUCCAGUGUGGCACUGUGAUCAGGUAUGUGGAAAAACAUUGCCAUGUGGCCAUCACACGUGUGAGCAAGUUUGUCAUCCUCUUGGUUGUGGAGAAUGUCCUCGAUCUGGGAAAAGAUUCUGUCCAUGUCAGAAAUCAAAGUUCUCUUUGCCUUGUACGCAAGAUGUUCCAACUUGUGGAGAUAGUUGUGAUAAAGUACUUGAAUGUGGAAUUCAUAGGUGUUCACAGCGCUGUCAUCGAGGUCCUUGUGAAAUAUGUAGACAGGAAGUUGAAAAGCACUGUCGUUGUGGAAAACAUACCAAACGAAUGCCGUGCCACAAACCUUAUCUGUGUGAAACUAAGUGUAUUAAGAUGCGUGACUGCCAGAGGCAUCAGUGUAAGAGAAAGUGUUGCCCUGGAAACUGCCCACCUUGUGAUCUACCAUGUGCACGAACUUUAGGGUGUAGAAACCAUAAGUGUCCCUCCAUCUGCCACAGAGGUAGCUGUUAUCCCUGUCCUGAAACAAUAGAUGUGAAGUGCAAAUGCGGUAAUACAAAAGUGACAGUACCUUGUGGAAGAGAACGCACUACCAAACCACCCAGGUGCAAAGAGCUGUGUAGCCAACCUUCAACUUGCCAUCAUCCAAAUCGAGAGAAACAUCGGUGUCAUUUUGGUCCUUGUCCUCCAUGUCAUCAGCCUUGCCAAAAAGUUCUGGAAAAAUGUGGCCAUUUAUGUCCUGCCUCAUGCCAUGACCAAGCAUUAGUAAAGCAAACUGGAACGCAUCAGCCUGCAGGUCCCUGGGAACAGAUUUCUGAACCAGUAUAUAUUCAGACUGCUUUGCCUUGUCCUCCCUGUCAAGUUCCUAUUCCAACAGAGUGUCUUGGGAAGCAUGAGGUCAGUCCCCUACCAUGUCAUGCUGUGGGUCCUUACUCUUGUAAGAGAUUUUGUGGACGGAGUCUAGAUUGUCAAAAUCAUACUUGUAUGAAGGAGUGUCAUAAAGUUACUGAAAUGAAUGGUCGUGUGGAUGGAAAAAAGGCAGGACCAGAAUGUCUUCAGUGUGAAGAAGCAUGCUGUAAACCACGACCACCAGGUUGUCCUCACCCAUGUAUUUUGCCCUGUCACCCUGGAGAAUGUCCUCCCUGUGUUCAAAUGCUCAGAAUAAAAUGUCAUUGCAAGCUCAUAAGCUUAUAUGUGGAAUGCAGACAGUUGUCAGCUGCUGAUGUGGAUGAAAAGAACCUAUUGACUUCCUGCAAAAAUCAGUGUCCUAAAGAGUUGCCUUGUGGUCAUCGCUGUAAAGAGUUGUGCCAUCCUGGUGAAUGUCCCUUUAACUGCAACCAGAAGGUAAAACUCAGGUGUCCUUGCAAGAGAAUUAAAAAGGAACUGCAGUGUAGUAAGGUACGUGAAGGCCGGGUUUCUCUACAGUGUGACACCACAUGUAAGGAAAUGAAACGGAAAGCCUCUGAGAUAAAGGAAGCAGAAGCCAAAGCUGUUGUUGAAGAAGAAAAACGAAGACAACAGGCUGAAUUAGAGGCUUUUGAAAACAGAUUGAAAGGUCGUCGGAAGAAAAACAGGAAAAGAGAUGAAGUAGAAAUUGAACCUUCAGCAUGGCAAAAAUAUAAGAAAGUGUUCCUUUUCCUAGCGUGCACAAUUGUUGUGAUGUUUGCAUGGUACGUGGCCCAUGAUGUGUAUUGAAAAGUUUUGAUCAAUCUUAAUAUACCUCAAUUUAAUUUAGCUUUAGGUAACAUACUUAGAAUGUUGGUUCAUGUAUAUCAUAGAACAUGAUUUAUGUUCGUAUUCAUCUCUGUACUUUCUUUUACAAGAGGAAAGGGAUGUCAAGUGUUAUUUUAAUGAGAAUCAAAAAAAAGGGCAGCAUAGUAUAAUUAAAAGUAAUAGCAUGAAAAUUGUAAACUAUCUUGAAUUAUUUACAAAGUUCUUGCCAAGAGAACAUUUUUGAGUUCAUUGUAUUUCCUUGUGUGCAAACCUUCAUUUUUUGUUGUUAAAAUGAAACUGAGCCAUAUUUGCUUUAAAAUUAACAUCUCUAAAACAUGUUUCUUACUUAUUAAAGGAUAAUUUCUUUGA